CUCCUCCCAGCGCUGCUCAGGCCGGCCAGUCGGGAAAUGCCCGGGCCGCUGGCGGCUCGCUGAGCGACCCCCAGGGGCUGCAGCGCCGAGCCCGGACCGCCACUGCCCCCGCGUCGCCAUGAGUAAGCUCGGCAAGCUGUUCAAGGGCGGCGGCCCCGGGCGCGCCAAGGGGCGCGCGGGCCCCACGCCCCAGGAGGCCUUAGCCCGGCUGCGGGAGACCGAGGAGAUGCUCACCAAGAAGCAGGAGUAUCUGGAGACCAGGAUCCAGAGGGAGCUGGCCGCGGCCAAGCAGCACGGCACCAGGAACAAGCGAGCUGCAUUACAAGCCCUGAAGAGAAAAAAGAGGUAUGAGAAACAGUUGAGCCAAAUUGAUGGGACACUCUCCACCAUUGAGUUCCAGCGGGAAGCGUUGGAAAAUUCCCACACCAACACAGAAGUGUUCAAGAAUAUGGGCUAUGCUGCACAAGCAAUGAAAAAAGUGCAUGAAAAUAUGGACCUAGACAAAAUUGAUUCUUUGAUGGACGAUAUCACUGAACAGCAAGCAGUUGCCCAGGAGAUCUCAGAAGCUAUUUCAAACCGAGUUGGGUUUGGUGAUGAGUUUGAUGAGGAUGAGUUGAUGGCGGAAUUGGAAGAAUUGGAGCAAGAAGAACUGAAUAAGAAAAUGACAGAUGUCAGAUUGCCAAGUGUCCCAUCCACAUCCCUGCCUUCCCGCCCUGCAUCCUCCAGGAAGAAAGUGGAAGAUGAAGAUGAUAUGAAGCAGCUGGCGGCUUGGGCUUCGUAACAUCAGACUGCAGUGUUUAGAACAACAGGUUUCUUACAAUACAGGUGUAAAGAGUUGCAAUAACAUUUUGUGUGCUUAACAAGUCAGACCCAAUUUGAUCACUUGUUUUACUUUGGUAGGGCCAAAUGAUCUU